AUGGACACAGACCAAGCAUGCCAGCCUUUAUUCCGUGCCGUCCUUUCCCCUGUGGCAGAGGAUCGGCCGCACCUGUGGGCAGCGCGGCUCAGCCGAGCCCCUGCCCGUGCCGCCGCCGCCGCCGCUCCCGCCCGCACGGGGCCCGCUGGGUCGCGCCGGGAGCGGCCGCGCGCACACGNNNCCGAGAGGCGGCCGCGCUCGGGCCGCGGCGGCGAGGGCAUCAAGUUGUCAGCAGAGGUCAAACCAUUUGUUCCAAAGCAUGCGGCGGUAACUGUGGCAUGGUCAGAGCCCUCAGAAGCAUGUGUGUUUCCUAGGUACUUAACUACAUGCUACCCAUUUGUUCACGAACCAUCUUUGGAUAAUGUUCUGGGAGAUCCUGCCUUCCGUGAAUACUCCAGCUGCUCUUACUCACCUGAUGUUGUUGCAAAUGUGUAUCCAGUAGCUGGCUCACAGUAUCAGUCUAACAACUCAACACACUAUAAUGGUUCAGGAAUAGUCAGUGAAUCUGCUGAACAAACAUAUCCAGUCAGACAAGAAAGCAAAAGUCUUUCAAAGCAGAGGAGAUCAAAAGAAGGUGAGAAAAAACUGGACAAGAAAAGGCAAGAUGGAGGUGAAGCUUCUAUCAGAAUUGUGAACAGGACUUCAUUCCAGAUUUCUACGUGCAGCAGAGAUUCCGUGAAGCCAGACAGGUUCAGUAAAGCUACAAACAAGAAGUCAACUGAAACUCCAAAACCAGAGUCUCAUUCUGUACCCACAUUUGAAGCUAGCAUUCUGGAUUUCCACAAGUCGCAGAGUUUGGAGAGCAAUGAGAUACUGAACGUACGCCAUAAAAACACACCAGAAGAUACUUCUGUGAAAAGCAAAGCUUCACCAAAAGCUUCAGAUGAAGCAGGAGCCAAUUUAAUUCCCUUUUCACUUGAUGGUAGGGUGUCAUUUCCUGAAGCACCUGCAGAUGGCUCUGCCCAGCCACAUGUGUCUUGGGCCUCGGUACUUUCGCAGCCCCCAAAGAAAAUUGUUUCAUCACCAGCAUCUGAAAGUCUUUCCAAAGGCAGAGGGAAGCAGGAGAGUGAACCAAAGGUGAUACAGAAGAAGAUUUUAAAGAUCAUGCCUCAUGGUCUUUUGCAGCAGUCAGAAACAAAAAAUAUUGCAAGUGAAACUGAGCCUGAAGAAGGGUCAGAAAAGAAGAAAAAAAAGAAGAAAAAGAAGAAAAAACUAAAGUCACCCACUGAUGCAGAAAGACCUCAAAGUGAAUCUAACACAGUACAGGAACCACCGAAGAUUGAGGAUGUUGAGGAGUUUCCUCAUCUGGCAGCUGCUUCUGAUAGGAGAAACAGGGUAGGACCUCAGAAACCAUCCUUUACAUCUGUAGUCAGAAAACAGUCUGAAAUCCUUCUCUCUGAAGAGCCUUGUGAUAGUCAGUCUCCCUCUCUGGAUGAAACUCCCAAGGUGGAUGGACUGCCAGGGAAACAAGCUUCAUCUUCUGUAUUAGAAAGAAAGAAAACUCAGGAAACAUCCAGGAGCAGUGGUAAGAAGAGUCAAAUUCCAGUGCAGUUGGAUUUGGGUGGCAUGCUUGCAGUCUUGGAGCAGAAGCAGCAAACAGAGAAAUCAAAACAGUCUCCUAAACCUGUGGUAUUUUCAGUUGGUGGUGCAGUACCAUUGCCAUCUAAAGACCCUGCUACCGCUGCGAGAAGUCACCGUUUAAACCAAGGAAAGAUGCCUCAUAAUCCCUUGGAUUCCAGUGCUCCUUUGGUAAAGAAAGGGAAACAGAGAGAAGUGCCUAAAGCAAAGAGACCAACACCUCUUAAAAAGAUUAUUCUGAAAGAAAGAGAACAAAGAAAACAGCAGCACCUGUUAGAACAGAAAGCAGCACCGAAAGAUGAAGAUAACAUUUGUCAGACAGAAGGAAAUGUUACUGAAAACGCAACACUUCUACAGGAUAGUCAAGCAGCUGUUCCGGUAACGAAAGUUGCUGAAGGGUUUCCGGAGCACACGGGGAUCAAGGAAUCUAAAGAAGGUUCUGUGACUACAAAGCAGCUGACUGCCACUCUUCCAAAAAUCCACAGCAGGAAUUUUAGAGAUUACUGCAGCCAGGUACUUAGUAAAGAAGUUGACAGUUGUGUGACAGAUCUCUUAAAAGAACUGGUUCGUUUCCAAGAUCGCUUGUAUCAGAAAGACCCAGUAAAGGCCAAGAUAAAACGCAGGCUUGUUAUGGGUCUUAGAGAAGUUCUGAAACAUCUGAAGCUGAAAAAACUGAAGUGUGUCAUCAUCUCUCCUAACUGUGAAAAGAUUCAGUCAAAGGGUGGGCUGGAUGAGACCCUACACAACAUUAUUGACUGUGCCUGUGAGCAGAACAUCCCGUUUGUUUUUGCCCUUAAUCGCAAGGCCCUGGGCCGCUGUGUGAACAAAGCAGUGCCUGUGAGUGUGGUGGGAAUUUUCAGUUAUGAUGGGGCUCAGGAUCAUUUUCAUAGAAUGGUACAGCUGACAACAGAGGCUAGGAAGGCCUACAGGGAUAUGAUAGCAGCUUUAGAGGAAGAAGCUAAAGCAGGACAAAGAGAAACCCAAUCCAGCAUCUUAACUCCUGAAUCUGAAAAAAAUGGCUCGUUAGAAACUUGUAAAACAUCUUCCAAGGACUCAGAUGAGGAUGUACCAAAUUACAUUAAAGUCUGGAAGAGAAAACUUGAAGAAGAAUAUAACGCAUAUGCCCUAGAAUUGGAAAAGAGUGCAACUGCUGACAUGGCAAUACUGAAUUUGGAAGACCAUCAGUAAAUCCCGAUCCAGCUCUAUUGGGCUUUUAUUUUUUUUCUGUUAGAUCCCUAGGAAGAAGGUAGCAAAAAUAACAUAAUCUAAAGAAAGACCUCAAGUUAGCUAAGCAAACUGUUCUGAAUCCCUUAAAGCAAAGUACACACUGGAGCACAUGAGGCACUGGUUAAUGUUAUUAUGUUCUGUGUGUUUCUCUGAUUAUUAUAGCAGAUGAAAACAUCAAAUUGUUGUAGCCCCAAACCACUUGUACUGGCUUGGUGUACUUUAAUGAUUUUAUGGACUAGCAUUGAUUUCUUGAGGUAGAAUAUACCAAAAGAAUCUGAUAGGAAAAUAAUUUUCUUCUGGAAGAGAUUCCUUGAGCCAAAAGGGGCUAAAGGAGAGUUGACCUUAAUUUUUAACUCCUAUGUAAAAAACUUCAGCUUGUUGUUUGGUUGUGGGUUUGUUCUUAGUUUUUUUUCUAAAUAAGCCUGCUCAGAAGGGCAGGCUGCUGUCAAUGUCACUUUAUUCUAGUCAGCAACAAAUUAAUUUGGGGCAGGUAGCUUGAUUUAAACUAAUUAAGGAAGGCCAUGAUGACAAAAGUUCCUGGUUAGCUCUUCUAUGUUGUUCUUGGGGAUCAUACAUCAGGUGUGAAGGAGAUAGCAUAGACUACAAGGGUCUGAAAUUCCUGAAGUGAAUGUGCUCUGUUUAGACUUUUUAUAAAUUUGAUGUUUCUGUUGCUACUCAGAGUAGUUCAUCAUACAUCCAGCUUUGAAGUUCAAGGAUACUGCAGGACAGCAAAUGUGCUAGCCUGCUUAUCUGUACUUUCUCCUUGCUGAGACUCCUCAUUCCUUCAGUUUGGGGUUGUGUUGAUAUAUACAUCUAUGAGUUUUUGAGCAAUCCCAGUUUGUAUCUAAAUAGAAAAAAUUUAUAUCUUAUAAGAAAUGAAGUUUGUAUCCUAGAGGAAAUAAAAUUUUAAAAACAAAAUGUGCUUAUAGUAGUGGUGGAGCACCUUAGUGGGAAUGGCCUAUAUACACACUGUUUUUUGAGGACAAGCCUAAAGAAAGUAAUUGAAGGGAUGCACGUAUAACUUGUGUCAGCUUUUCUGAAAGGUGAUACAGAUGCCACAUGCUGCUCAGCAUCUCAGGUGUUUCUGCAAGUGCUUCACCAUACUGAACAUUUGUAGUGCAAUACUUUGUAAAGUAGCUGCCUUGUGAUGAUAGAAGUGAUAUAAAAAACUUCAAAUAACUUUGAAAUGCAACAGUUUUGUAGACUAUAAAUUGUAUAAAAUCUGUUACAAUAUAUUGAUUCUAUAAAGAAUGCUUGUGACUUAA